UUUUUUAAUUUGUCGGAGGAUUCGAAUGUAUCUGACAUCAGUAUUCGUGAUGAGGAGUUACGUUUCUUUGAAUAUUGUGAAAGAUAUAUUAAAACGGUCGAAGAAAAUGCGUCAUCUCUUGUUGAGUACAAGUCUUUUCUCAAUAGUCCUGAAGUAAUAGAAAUUCGGGAUAAAGUUAGAAGCGAAAUUGGCGAUCAUGAGCUGAGUGUCGAGGACAUUGUGACUAUUUAUCAGUCUUGUGGCUAUGAAAUAGCUGCUCAGGCUGCUCUUGCGGAUUCGACGUCCUCAUUGAAUUCACCCUGGUGUCAGCUCUUGCCACAUUCCAGUUUAUAUACUUUGGAAUACCUUUCAGAUAUUAAAGUAAGCACAUCCACUGUUUGGUGCUCUGGAAUUCUUUUUUUUAUUGCUUAUUUCUACUUUAUUUAUCUUAUCGUCUCCAUAUCAUGGACAUCUACAAUUCCAUCAUAUCGGUUCUGCAGCAUGUUAACAUUUUAA